CAUUUGCGUACGUGAUUGACGAGUGUGGAGCAGGUGGAUUUCUGUUAGUACCUGAGCUGUGUUCAUGUUCUGAUAAAUAACCGUUUUUUUCUUUUCAUGGGAAUCAUUGUAGAGCGUUUCUCAGAAUAUCAGGUGCAGCGAUGAGUGAGGAACUAGAAGAAGGGUCGUCCUCACUGCAAAGCAGUAGUGACGCCAAUGCAUAUAUUGCAGUAACGGGUACCAACAUCCCUAUCAUCACCAUCAGCACGCAUGCAGAAACAGAACAGAAACCAGCCAAACUACCAAAGCUUCCGAGCAAUCGAUAUCGCUACACUGUCUGGCACGAACUCAACAGCAAUGAAAUCAAAGGAGAUGAACUGAAACCCCCGGUCAGACGAGGACCAGAGAUCAAAGAUAAGAUCUUCUACAGUGUCACAGAUGAGCAAGGGAGAGGGUUGCAUCAUGGGAAGAAAGGACAGGAGAAGAAAGACUACGAGAGGAAAAUAGAAAACUGGGAGAAUAGUCUGACAGUCAACCUGUCUUACCAGGAGCUAGGAGACCGCUACCAAGUGGAGAGUUUUAUGCGCAUCUUGAAGAGACUGAUCCGUGCCGAGAAGAUACAACUCAUCAAUAACAACCUGGAAGAUCUCAGCAAAGUCAACUUCCCAUCAUGUGUAGUUCUGAACCUCAACACCAACUACUUGACUUCAUUUACGAAACUUCCCAAGUGCCCAAACCUGAAGACGCUUCUCCUAUGCGACAACUCCAUCAAGUCUUUAGACGGCCUACAGAAUCUCAGGAAGACUCAUCUGGCUGUCUUAGACCUCCGACGUAAUCCGAUAUGCUUCCAGGAACACUACAGGCAAAGAGUUUUCCAGAUUCUGCCUGAUUUACAGGAGCUGGAUGGCAUUCCUCGGUUGACCUCUGACAUUGAAGGUGACCUCAUCCCCCAGGGUGGCUGUGUGAUUUCAUAGGGAAUUAUAUGGGCUCCGUGCACCAACAAAAGAGGGUGCAUUUUUACCACUUUUGAGAGCCCUAUGGACGGGACACACAGUGUGUGCGUACUGUACUGGUUGGGGUGUGAAGUACGCAUGACUUCCUGAAUGUGCCAAAGCUGUAGCUAAUCUACAGCGUCUUCGCAUGAGCGUCAGGCGUCAUCGGUGCGCGAAUUUAACUUGCGGUGGUCUCCCAGAGAAAUCACUGCCGCAAUAACUUUGGAUCAUUCAAAAUACGCAGUGGAUGGACUGGGAACUAGUCUAGGUCUCCCCAACUCUCAUUUUCUGGCCGUUGAAGGGGUACGUGUGCACGGAACGGAGCCCAUAGUUUUUGAGAAACAGUCAUCCAACACUAGGAGUACAACAGAAUGCAGAUGUGCUAAUAAACCAGAGAGUUCCAAGACCACGAGAGAUAGUGGUUUUUAACGAAGACUUGUGCGCAUCUAUCUUUACAAAUUUCGUCCAUUAAUACAGAUAUACUAAGAAAUGUUUUACUGGCUUAACAGAUGUCAGAACCUUUUAUUUGAUCAUAGAAAUAAUGGAAGAGAACUAAGAUAUAUUAACGGUAAAAAAAGUACUGUAAAAAAACUUUCUCAGUUAAAAAUAAACACCGAUAUCUUUUUUAGUACAAAUUACAGCUACAUACCUUAUAAAUAUACAUUUCUGUGGAAGUCAUAUGUACACAUUUUUGUUCUUUUUACUAUUUGUAAAUAUUUUGUACAUUUUCUGCGUAGACUUAAGCGAUGAAAACUACAAACCUCAUUCUAACUUGUGAUGUACAUUAUUGUUCCAUAUUCAAAUUGUCAUAUUUUUGGGUAAUUGACACUGAAAUUUGCACCAAAAAUCGGAUGAGAGUUGAUUAAAAGUUUCAUUUGCAGAGUAGCAUUGAAA